AUGGGCUCAGCCGGCGCUGGCCAAUCCGGCCUGCUGCGGCUCUCGCCCGGGCUGACGCUGCGCAGCCUGCUGGGACUUGUUAUACUUUUCACGGAUGAGUUGGGUCAUAUUUCCCACUGGAGAGCCAUCAUGGCAGGAAGUCUGGCUGGCAUGGUUGCAACCAUCGUGACUUACCCCACUGACGUAAUUAAAACACGGCUCAUUGUGCAGAACCGACUGGAACCAUCUUAUGAAGGAAUUCUUCAUGCUUUUUACAAAAUUUAUCAUCAAGAAGGACUCCUUGCACUCUACCGUGGCGUUUCACCAGCUAUAUUAGGUGCUGUCCCAUUUUCUGCAGGCUCAUUCUUUGUUUACAUCAAUCUGGACAAAAUCUGGCGAGAACCCAUAGUUCAUUUCACUCCUCUUCAGAACUUCAUAAACGGCUGUGUAGCAGCUGGUGUGGCACAGACGCUUUCUUUCCCCUUUGAGACUGUCAAGAGGAAGAUGCAGGCACAGAGUCCUUGGCUUCCCCACUAUGGAGCAGUUGAUGUCCAUUUUACUGGCAUGGCUGACUGUUUCCGGCAAACUGUGAAGAACAAAGGUGUACUCGGACUUUGGAGUGGACUCACACCCAGUCUGCUCAAGAUUGUCCCAUACUUCGGUGUUAUGUUUAGCACCUUUGAAUUCUGCAAGCGGGUCUGUCUGUACAGAAACGGUUAUAUUGAAUCUCCUUUAAAUUACAAGCUAACUCCUGGCGUGGACCAGAGUUUACAGCCACAAGAACUGAGAGAAUUAAAGCUCCUCCGAAGGGAAAACUUUGAGUCAAGGAAAUCAGCUCUUGAAAACUGACAUUGGACUGUCCAUUGCAGAUAUACCCACUACCUUUCUUAAGGAACUUUGCAGAAAAGACAUGCUGAACUCACAGGUACCAGCAUCUCAGCGGAUUGCAUGGUUUUAGUCAUGAGACACCAGUGCCAGGAAUGAAUAGAUCUUGUACUUCAUUUGCUGAAUGGAUAUAAACAAUACGAAUAGCAGGCAUAUACUGAAGAGGAGAGAUGCAACUAGUUUGAAAACACUAUGCUAUUGGAACUCGAAAUUACAUUAUUUUAGGUGCUUUUCAAUAGUGAAUAGCCAUUUUGAGAUAAAACCACUUGCAGAAAGGCAAGAGAACUGAGAUGAGAGUAUAAAUUAUAUCUUCAAAAAUAUUAAGAAAAUUCAAAUGGAUUUUUUUAAGUAAUCUGAGAUACCGAGUCAGCCAAAAAUGAUAAACAGACUAGAAUACAUAUAACAUGCAAGAAUUUCUACCAAAAUCUCUUUUUUGUUUGUUUGUUUUAGUGAUACUGUGUGGACGUGGCAUUCUGCAGAUGCAGAAUUAGUCUCAGUUCAGGCACACUCCAGAAUCUACUCUUCAGUUUUGAGACUUACUUAAGAAUAAUAAUUUUGUAUGACUCUGGUGUAAAGAUGAAAAUAUGCUGCUGCAACUGUGCUUUUGCUAAGAGAGAAUUGUAAUGUGCGAAAUGAACUGUAAUACACUGGAAUGACAAUCUUGCAAACUUAAGUGCAUACUAGAAAAUCUUCCCCCCUUUCUCCUGUGUUGUUACUGCAUGUACAUGAGUUAUUUCAGGCUUUGAAAAAUAGUUUUCCUUAAGUUCUCUAACCGAAAUAUUUCCUGAAAAAUGCAGUUCUUAAAUGUGUUAGAUAUUUCAGAGCCACGAGCCCUGUCAUGUUGUUUUGGUAUUCUUAAAGCUCUAUUUUUAUAUUAAACUACUUUUUAGUUCCUGUGCACAGA